GUAUUAUAGACACUUAGCACCUGAUCACUUGCUGCAAAUAUGUCAUCGACUUGGACCUCUUCUUGAACAAGAAAUUCCUCAAAGUGUUCCUGGAGUACAAACUUUAUUAGGAGCUGGAAGACAGUCCUUGCUACGCACAAAUAAAAGCUGCAAGCAUGUUGUUUGGAAAGGUUCAGCUCUGGCUGCACUGCAUUGUGGAAGACCACCGGAGUCACCAAUUAACUAUGGCAGUCCACCCAGCAUUGCGGAUACGUUGUUUUCACGAAAGCUGAAUGGGAAAUACAGACUUGAGCGACUUGUUCCUACUGCAGUUUAUCAGCACAUGAAAAUGCAUAAACGAAUUCUUGGGCACUUGUCAUCUGUGUACUGUGUAACUUUUGAUAGAACUGGCAGACGGAUAUUUACUGGUUCUGAUGACUGUCUUGUGAAAAUCUGGGCAACAGAUGAUGGGAGGCUGCUAGCUACUUUAAGAGGACAUGCUGCUGAAAUAUCCGACAUGGCUGUAAACUAUGAGAAUACCAUGAUAGCAUCCGGGAGUUGUGAUAAAAUGAUCCGAGUAUGGUGCCUUCGAACAUGUGCACCUUUGGCUGUUCUUCAGGGCCAUAGUGCAUCUAUAACAUCACUACAGUUUUCACCGUUAUGUAGUGGCUCAAAGAGAUAUCUGUCAUCUACUGGGGCAGAUGGAACUAUUUGUUUUUGGCUCUGGGAUGCUGGAACCCUUAAAAUAAAUCCAAGACCUGCAAAAUUUACUGAACGUCCUAGACCUGGGGUUCAAAUGAUCUGUUCUUCUUUUAGUGCUGGUGGAAUGUUUCUGGCCACAGGAAGCACCGAUCAUAUUAUAAGAGUUUAUUUUUUUGGCUCGGGUCAGCCAGAGAAGAUAUCAGAAUUGGAGUUUCAUACUGACAAAGUUGACAGUAUCCAGUUUUCCAACACUAGUAACAGGUUUGUAAGUGGGAGUCGUGAUGGGACAGCUCGUAUUUGGCAAUUCAAACGAAGAGAAUGGAAGAGCAUUCUGUUGGAUAUGACAACUCGUCCAGCUGGCCAGAACCUUCAGGGAAUAGAAGAUAAAAUCACAAAGAUGAAAGUAACUAUGGUAGCUUGGGACCGACAUGACAACACAGUAAUAACUGCAGUUAAUAAUAUGACUCUGAAAGUUUGGAAUUCUUAUACUGGUCAACUUAUUCAUGUCCUGAUGGGCCAUGAAGAUGAAGUAUUUGUUCUUGAGCCACAUCCAUUUGAUCCUAGAGUUCUCUUCUCUGCUGGUCAUGAUGGAAACGUGAUAGUGUGGGAUCUGGCAAGAGGAGUCAAAAUACGAUCUUAUUUCAAUAUGAUUGAAGGCCAAGGACAUGGUGCAGUAUUUGACUGCAAAUGUUCUCCUGAUGGUCAGCAUUUUGCAUGUACAGACUCUCAUGGACAUCUUUUAAUUUUUGGCUUUGGUUCCAGUAGCAAAUAUGAUAAGAUAGCAGAUCAGAUGUUUUUUCAUAGUGAUUAUCGGCCCCUUAUCCGUGAUGCCAACAAUUUUGUAUUAGAUGAACAGACUCAACAAGCACCUCAUCUCAUGCCACCCCCCUUUUUGGUUGAUGUUGAUGGUAACCCUCAUCCAUCAAGAUAUCAGAGAUUAGUACCUGGUCGUGAAAAUUGCAGAGAGGAACAGCUUAUCCCUCAGAUGGGAGUAACUUCCUCAGGACUGAACCAAGUUUUAAGUCAGCAAGCAAACCAGGAAAUAAGCCCCUUGGACAGCAUGAUUCAAAGACUACAACAGGAACAAGACCUGAGACGUUCUGGAGAAGCAGGUAUCAAUAAUACCAGCCGUGUAAAUAGAGGCUCUAUAAGUUCUACCUCAGAGGUUCAUUCACCUCCAAAUGUAGGACUGAGGCGUAGUGGACAAAUUGAAGGUGUACGGCAAAUGCACAGCAAUGCACCAAGAAGUGAAAUAGCCACAGAAAGAGAUCUUGUAGCAUGGAGUCGAAGGGUGGUAGUACCUGAGCUAUCAGCUGGUGUAGCCAGUAGGCAAGAAGAAUGGAGAACUGCAAAAGGAGAAGAAGAAGUAAGAAUUUAUAGGUCAGAAGAAAAAAGGAAACACUUUACUAUCCCAAAAGAGAAUAAAAUACUCACUGUCUCAAAGAAUCAUGCUCAUGAGCAUUUCCUAGAUCUUGGAGAAUCCAAAAAGCAACAGGCAAAUCAACAUAAUUACCGUACGAGGUCUGCGUUGGAAGAGCCUCCUAGACCCUCAGAAGAGAUCGAAAAUGGCACUAGCUCUUCAGAUGAAGGUGAGGUGGUUGCUGUCAGUGGUGGAACAUCUGAAGAGGAAGAGCGAGCAUGGCACAGUGAUGGCAGCUCCAGUGACUACUCCAGUGAUUAUUCUGACUGGACAGCAGAUGCAGGGAUUAAUCUGCAACCACCAAAGAAAGUUCCCAAGCAUAAAACCAAGAAAGCAGAAAGUAGUUCAGAUGAAGAUGAAGAAUCUGAAAAGCAGAAGCAAAAACAGAUUAAAAGGGAAAGAAAAAAAGUAAAUGAAGAAAAAGAUGGACCAACAUCACCAAAGAAAAAGAAGCCCAAAGAAAGAAAGNNNNAGAGAUUGGCUGUGGGAGAAUUGUCUGAAAAUGGUUUGACAUUGGAAGAAUGGUUGCCUUCAACGUGGAUUACAGACACUAUUCCCCGAAGAUGUCCCUUUGUGCCACAGAUGGGUGAUGAGGUAUAUUAUUUUCGACAAGGACAUGAAGCAUAUGUUGAAAUGGCCCGGAAAAAUAAAAUUUACAGUAUCAAUCCAAAGAAGCAGCCAUGGCAUAAAAUGGAACUACGGGAACAAGAGCUGAUGAAAAUAGUUGGCAUAAAAUAUGAAGUGGGAUUGCCUACCCUUUGCUGCCUUAAGCUUGCUUUCCUAGAUCCUGAUACUGGUAAACUGACUGGUGGAUCAUUUACAAUGAAAUACCACGAUAUGCCUGACGUUAUAGAUUUCCUAGUGUUACGACAGCAAUUUGAUGAUGCAAAAUACAGGCGGUGGAAUAUAGGUGACUGGGACAAUGGAGAUACAGAAAAGAUGAGUCCUUGGGAUAUGGAAGUUAUACCUAAUAAUGCUGUGUUUCCUGAAGAAUUAGGUACCAGCGUUCCUUUAACUGAUACUGAAUGCAGAUCGUUAAUCUAUAAACCUCUUGAUGGAGAGUGGGGUUCCAAUCCCAGGGAUGAAGAAUGUGAAAGAAUUGUUGCCGGAAUAAACCAACUGAUGACACUAGAUAUUGCUUCUGCAUUUGUGGCCCCUGUGGAUCUGCAAGCCUAUCCCAUGUAUUGCACUGUAGUGGCAUAUCCAACGGAUCUAAGUACAAUUAAACAAAGACUGGAAAACAGGUUUUACAGGCGGGUUUCUUCCCUCAUGUGGGAAGUACGAUACAUUGAGCAUAAUACCCGGACAUUUAAUGAGCCUGGAAGCCCUAUUGUAAAAUCUGCUAAGUUUGUUACUGAUCUUCUUCUACACUUUAUAAAAGAUCAAACUUGUUACAAUAUAAUUCCACUCUACAAUUCAAUGAAGAAAAAAGUCCUGUCUGACUCUGAGGAAGAAGAGAAAGAUGCUGAUGUGCCAGGAACUUCUACUCGCAAAAGAAAGGAACAUCAACCCAGAAGAAGAUUACGUAAUAGAGCUCAGUCUUGUGAUAUUCAAGCGUGGAAGAAACAAUGUCAACAAUUGUUAAAUCUCAUAUUUCAAUGUGAAGAUUCUGAGCCUUUCCGCCAGCCAGUAGAUCUCCUAGAAUAUCCAGACUACAGAGACAUUAUUGACACGCCAAUGGAUUUUGCUACCGUUAGAGAAACUUUAGAGGCUGGAAAUUAUGAGUCACCAAUGGAGUUAUGUAAAGAUGUCAGACUUAUUUUUAGUAAUUCCAAAGCAUAUACACCAAGCAAAAGAUCAAGGAUUUACAGCAUGAGUUUGCGACUAUCUGCUUUCUUUGAGGAACACAUUAGUUCAGUUUUAUCCGAUUAUCAAUCUGCUCUUCGUUUUCAUAAGAGAAAUAAAAUCACCAAAAGGAGGAAGAAAAGAAACAGAAGCAGCUCUGUUUCCAGUAGUGUUGCAUCAAGCCCUGAAAGGAAAAAAAGAAUCUUGAAACCUCAGCUAAAGUCAGAUAUUUCUACCUCUCUGUUCUCUACGCCUACACGGUCAAUACCACCAAGACAAAAUACUGCUCAGAUAAACGGUAAAGCAGAAUCCAGUUCUAUAGUUCGAACCAGAAGCAACCGAGUGGUUGUAGAUCCAGUUAACACCGAGCAACCAUCUACUUCUUCAGCAGGAAAGAAUUUAAUUUCAAAAGCAAGUACAGCUGCAAUACCAGGGAAAACAAUACUGGAGAAUUCCAUGAAACAUUCCAAAAUCUUGAAUACAAAUUCAAGUCCUGCUCAAUCCAGUUGUCAUGGCACUAGGAAUAAUUCUGCAAAAGAAAACAUGGAAAAGGAAAAGCCAGCCAAGCGUAAAAUGAAGUCUUCUGUACUCUCAAAGGGAUCUACUCUAUCAAAGCCAUCAGCCGCCAAUGAUCAAGCAGAUUGUAAGAACAGUGCUCUCAUACCAGGAAGUAUUCAAGUCAAUGGUCAUGGAGGGCAACCCUCAAAACUUGUAAAGAGGGGACCUGGAAGGAAACCUAAGGUAGAAGUUAAUACCAUCAACAGUGGUGAAGUUAUACACAAGAAAAGGGGUCGGAAGCCCAAAAAGCUUCAGUAUGCAAAGCCCGAGAACUCACAGCAAAAUAAUGUGCAUCCCGUCAGAGAUGAAGUAGUUCCUUCUUCAACAUGCAAUUUCCUUUCUGAAACUAAUAUUAUCAAGGAGGAUAUGUUACAGAAAAAGAGUCGUGGAGGCAGAAAACCCAAAAGGAAGAUAAAGGCACAAAAACUAGACUCAGAUCUCAUUGUUCCUCCAAGUGUUAAAAUGUUAAGGAGAAGUAACCGAAAAAAGACAGAUGACCCAAUGGGAGAGGAAGAAGAAUUUGAAGAACUUAAAGGCUCUGAAUCUGAACCACACAUGAGAACUAGAAACCAAGGUCGAAGGACAGCUUUCUAUAAUGAGGAUGACUCCGAGGAGGAGCAGAGGCAGCUGCUGUUUGAAGACACCUCUUUGACUUUUGGAACUUCUAGCAGAGGACGAGUCCGGAAGUUGACUGAAAAAGCAAAAGCUAAUUUAAUUGGUUGGUAAUUUGUACCAAAAUAUUUUAUUUCAGAUCUAUAAAGCAGGUACAGUUAAGGAAUAAGUAGAACUAAGGCUUCUGCUCCUUGCUGCUAUGGUGGAUUAAGGAAUGUUAGGGUUUGAUUUGCAAAAAACAAACUUACAAGACACUUCACUUCUUUAAAUGAAUAUAUAUAUAAAUAUAUACAUAUAUAUUUUAAAUGUUUGCUAUUUAUUGCCCUUAGAUAGGUUAUGCAUUUCAACAUUUUGUUCACUGUUUGAGAAAAAAAAUUGAGAACCUGUAAUGAAGUCCUGAUUUAUUUAUGGAAAAGACGGUUCUACUACACUCAUAUUCCUAGUGAAAGCAUUUCAUCUUAAAAGUGAAUAUUUAUUUUGAGCAAGCAAGGUACAUUUCUGUUGAUACAGAAGUCGUGCCCCUAGGAAGUCGGAUGUUACAGAGUAGCAGUAAAUAAGAAAUGUGUAUCCAGCAAAAUAAAUUCCCAACAUUUGAUACCCUAAAAAGUUUAAUUUUAAUUAUGGAAUCUAGAGGAGGCUUUUGCUUUAUUCCAUUUCUGCCAAACGUAAGAGAAAAUGUACUGAUGAAAAGGAAACAUAUCCACAUUGGAAAUCAUUUGUCUAAUUUUUCAGACCUUGAUUCUUAUAUCGAUCACUCAAUCUCUGUUUAUUGUGCCAAAGACUGAGAAUCAGUGCAGUGAAAAGCCUGUUUUUGACUGUCAGGACAACAUAAAAUUUUCAGUACUGGAAAAGGCUAUAUAUUAUUCUACAGAGCGACUUAUUAAGAGAGUUAUGCUGAGAUGUAUCUUUUUUGGUACUAAUAGUGAAAGAUAAUGCACUGGUGGGUCCUUUGACAGAGAUGUUAUAGAGAAAAUGUUUAAGUGGUUAAAGGAUUCAAGGAAAAUACAGGAAAAAGGUAUGGGAUUUGAUGUUUACCUAUCAAUUUGGAUUAAUGUCAUUUCUAAAUUUUUGUCAGCUCUAAUAAGUUAAAAUGAAUUACGAAGAAAUGUGUCUGUGUAUGUGUAUAUAUAUUGAUAAAUGGGUAUAAUUAUAUAUACAAACACAUACUUAUAUACUAUUACCCAGGUAUAAAUUCUUUUUUCAGGAUUUUUUUAGAUAGUGCUAGAAUAAAAAUUUUAAAUUGUCAUACUUUAUAGUUUAAUUUUAAGGGGAAGAUUGGUUAUUUUCCAUUAUAAAAGGUUAAAAUAGGCCAAAUCACUUUUUAUGCAAUCAUGUUUUAUACAGUGGUCUCAUUGCACAUUGUGUUUUUUCUGCACUUUUUACGGUAUCCUUAUCACGCUGGUAUGUCAGUAUACACCCUAAAGAAAAAUUCCAUUUAAUGAUUGUGCCUUGUAUUCUAUUAUUUUUGUUUGCAUCAUUAGAAAAAUUAAGUUGUCUAUUGUAAAUGAUAACUAUAUGACUUAGGAGAAUGUAUUGCUAUAUGUACUGCCCUGGAAAAGGAAAGCAGUUAUUUAUUUGUUUAUGGUACAUUUAGUUAUUUUAUACCUUAAAAACCAACAUAAAUACCACUUCGAUUGUUUAAAAAUUGUCCAAUUUUUAAAGGUUUAAAGAAUGUAGUAUUUUCUGAGGACUGCUAUGGUACAAAAAUGUAACCAAAAUUUUCAGAUACUACAUUUUCAAAAGUGAGGAUGGGAAAUUAUGUAUCAGCAUGACCACCAUAUAGAAAAAUAAAGACUUUAACAUUGAACCCUGGCAAACUACAUUACAUAAUUAUUUCUUAUUUAUGGCAAGGGUAAAUAUUAGGUGUCAUUUAAUUGUCUUAAAGAAGAAUGGAAAGUGAUCAUUUGGGCUUUUUAGAUCAUUUGUAACCAAAUUUGUACAGAAAUCCUAUGAAAUUAAGUAAAUUCUUUCCAGGGUUGAAUGGAUUGCUGUGCUUUUACAGUUGAAAAAUAUAAUUCAAAGUUUUAAGGGGUUUUGUUUUUAUCCAUUUUGUAUAUUUAUUUUUUUCUAACAAAAUAUUUAACUACAGUUAAAAUUCAGUAGCUAAACUUUUAUGCAGAUAUGGAUGGCCUGGUUGUAUAGUAUAAUGAGUCAAUUAUACCAUUGAAAAUAAUAGUAUGUAUGUUUGAAAUUUAAGUCACUUAUAGCUUUUGAGGGCAAUCUACGUAUUUGAAAUAUUAAAUUUCCUGAUGUUGUCUGCAUUACAUUAGAGAACUUAAGACUAUUAAAUCCAUUUUUAUUAAAAAAUUCUAGUUUUAAAGUGUGCACAGAGAAAGGAAAAGCAUACAGUGUUUGAGUGAUAUACCUCUAAUACGGUGUAUGUAUUAUUUCUAACUCUUGAGCAAGGAAAAAAAAGAUUUAACAUCUUCCUGCAACAAGUAAAUAUUAUUCCUGUUCUAAAGACACUAAGUUUUACCUUAUUUGAAUAUUAUUAGAUAUUGUGUUUCUUAAAGUGAAAAUGACAUGGAUCACAUUCUUUGAAAUUGAAAUACUUGAUGUAUUAAUGCUUUACGAGAUAUAUUUAAGAGUCUAUUUUUAUAACAAAUCCUAUACAUUGCAAAAGUUGACUUAGGAUUCAAAGGCUUCACCAUAAUCAUUGUUUUGCUGUACCACUUAGAAACAAUGCACUUCUCUAAUACAGAAACACCAUGUGUGUAUUGUUUAUACACCAAAAGGAAAUGUUGGCAGUUCUCCUAGAUAAACAGUAAGAAAAAAAUCUCAAUUUAUUGAAAUUUUAAUAAGUAGAACUUCUUACAUGAAAGAAAACUAAAAAAGAAAAGAAAAGAAAACUAUAAAUCAGUCUUUAUAUUAUCCACCUUACCCUCCUUCCAACCCCCAGUUUAAAGCCCCAAAUGAUUCUUGGAAGUUUUCCAUACAAAUCAAAUAUUUAAAAUUAACUAUCUGAGUGCUCAGUCUCUUUAUAGUCCAGUAUACUGGACUAGAGAGACUGUAGAACAUUUGGGGCCUUGAUAAAGUCAUAUCUGAGACUUUGAAAUCAAUUACGUUAGAAUCACUGAUAAGUGAAGGAGGAGGUCUCUGUGCAGUAUGUAUACCGUGCAGAGUAUGUGUGCCGUGCAGAGCAGCAGUGGUCACAUGUUUUAAAUUUUUAUUUGUAAUUUUAGCAGCAUUUUAACUUUAAUUCUGACACACACACUCCUACCCUUCUCCAAUGUCAGUUUGAAGCUAGAAGCUAUUCCAAGUUUUUAGCUGAUCUAAUGAAAACAAAUUUAACUCUUCUUAUCUGGACUUUAAGUUGAAAAGACCAAGAUACUUGAGUAACUGAAGUGUUACAGAAAUUAUUGAAAAGUAUUCCUAACAUAACAGGAUGAACAGUGAAUUUAGUUACAUUAGGUGAGCAUUUUUUCUAUUAAGAUUGGAAAAAGAUAUUUUCCUUGUUUUCCUCCUUAGACUCCCCUCCAGCCUGUCACAUUUCCAAGCAUUUUUGAACUAAAGUUACCAAGUUUGCUAAGAACACUCCAUCCCCUCAACUAUACCAAGCCAAAAACUACAAAUGAAAAAUCAGUAUCUAAGAAGAGGUCAGAUUGAGUCAGAAGAUACCCCACUGGCGCUUUAGAGAUAAACCUUGUACACACUUUGUAAAGCAGCAAGUAGAAAAUAUUAUGACCUAUGAAUACUUGUUUUUAGUUUUGAUAGCUUUGUGUUGAAAUACUAUGUUAAUGCAGAUAAGAUCAUCAGGAAAUUAACCUUAUAUGGCACAAACCAAAUACACAGUAGUGGAUGGUUGAGUUUCUCCAUUUAAGAAACUAAGAAAAAAGUUCAAGAUGGUAUUUAUGUACACGCAUAUAAGGCAUGCACACAUGCUGGUUAAAGUUGUGGGUGUUGAUUUAUCACAAUGAUAAAAACUUUGAAAUUAUACAAAAGUUACAUUUUUGGACCAUAUUAAAACUACAAGAAGACAGGAAUAUAAUUAAAGAUCUUUUUAGACUACUUAAAUCCUGUCACAUAAUAUUUAGACACGUGUAGAAUGUAGUUCACUUUUUAAAAAGUAACUGACCUAGAGGGUUAAUACUGAAACUGACACAUUUUCAAAUUAAAAUUAUGCUUAUUUUGUACAGAAAAUGUUAAAACGCAAGCAGAUCUGUUGUAUGUAAUAAGUAACAGAGUUUAAAAACAAAUUAAUUAUUUAGCUUUAUUGAAGGUUUUUUUUUCCCUUCCAGACACCUGGAAUUUCAUAUGUUAUAAAUGGCAGUCUCACACCAAGAUAGCAGUGCCCAUUCUUUUUGUACAUAUUGAUUGGACCUUUCUUUACUGUAAUGUGGACACUUUCUAUGUUAGUUUUUGAUGCAUAAUUCUUUGAAUCCUUUUAUACAAACUAGAAUGUAUGUGUAAGAACUGUCCCCUCAAUGUAGUAACUACAAACUUAUUUUUAAAUAAAUAGAAAACUUGUUUUUCUAA